UCCUUCAAUACAAUUGCAACAUUACCUCAACUCCACAUACCAAAUACAGCUCAAAAUGAAGAUCAAUCAACUCUUCCUUCCCUUCCUCAUCUUAGCCAUCUCUUCUAACUCUUUCCUCUCCUCAGCAGCCGAAGCCCCGCCAGCAGUAGUUGACAUUGACGGAAAGAUACUCCGAACAGGCGUCGAUUACUACAUCUUGCCAGUGGUACGUGGCAGAGGUGGUGGACUCACCCUGGACAGUACUGGCAAUGAAAGUUGUCCUCUUGAUGCUGUUGUCCAAGAACAACAUGAAAUCGACAAUGGCCUCCCAUUGACCUUUACACCCGUUGAUCCAAAGAAAGGCGUUAUUCGCGAAUCCACUGAUUUAAAUAUCAAGUUUUCAGCAGCCUCCAUCUGUGUUCAGACCACCCUGUGGAAGCUUGGUGAUUAUGAUGAGACGGCGGGGAAAUACUUUGUCAGCAUCGGUGGAAAUGAAGGAAAUCCUGGCAGGGAGACUAUAAGCAACUGGUUCAAGAUUGAGAAAUUUGAACAAGAUUAUAAGCUGGUCUAUUGUCCUAUGGUGUGUAAUUUCUGCAAGGUCAUUUGCAAAGAUGUUGGCAUCUUUAUUCAGGAUGGAGUGAGACGUUUGGCUUUGAGUGAUAUCCCAUUUAAGGUUAUGUUUAAGAAGGCUUGACGGUUUUAACUCGUCAAGGAUUCAAGAAAAAUGAUAAAAGUAACAAAGUACUCAGCUUAUUAAUCUAAUUGAAUUUGUCUGAGAUUGUACUGAAUGUAGUUGUAAUAAGAGAACCAUGAGCUUCCAAAGUCAAGAAAAUCUGUUAAAGAGUAUAUUUCUUUAUGCCUUGUACUCUUGUGAUUAAUGUUGCUUCUUCAAGUCGAAAACAUUAUUAUUGAUGAUUGA